UUUGGCCAACCAUGACCAUGACAUUGUCUGGGGGCGGUAGGCUGUAACAUGCAAGAAUGGGGCUCUAAUUGCAAGGACCAAAAUACAGAACAUCAUGGAAAUAUCACCAGCCUAAAAAAAGAAUAGAAUUUCUGAUAAAAAGAUCAGAUAUCAAUGAGAAGUAUAUAGAAGUUCUGAUAAAAUUUGCAAAUUCAAAGAAAUUAGUACUAAAAACAAAAAAUUAGAAAUUGAUAUCGGUGUUUGCAGAAAACAAAAAUUUCGUUAAUUACCAUUUGUGAUAUUUACCCUUGAUAUUUUAAGCCCCGGCUAGAUGUCAGUACAAAUGCAAAAAAGUAUUCUUGUGAAAAAACUUUUUUUUUUUUUUUGAAAAAGUGAAUUCAUUGAAACUUUUAACGAUUACAAUCGUUUAGAAUGACAUUCCGAAAAACUUCAUUGAAGACACCACACCCUCUUUUACCAGAAGAGUUAUUACUCGAUCAGUUUUUUACAGUUUGGGUCCAACGGUCCAUUAUCUAAUUUGAAUACCCUCACCAGUCACCAGUCACCAGUCACCAGUCACCACCAAAAAAAAGCUUUUCAUCUUGAUCACCUCCUCACAAGGCUUCCCAACUCCGUCUCCAAUGUCUUCCGUACAGUUAGGGUUUUCAGAGGCGAUGGUCGAAGUCGCAGCGAGCGAGGCUGACGUCGGCAUGGCGUGUCAGACCGUGCAAUCCCAUCUCUCUUCCCUCCUUGAUCAAGUGAGCUUGGGGUUGGGGAUGAGCACGGAGCAUCACGCCCGGGCCCAAGAGCUCGGUUCGAGGGAGGAGAGGCUCAACCAACGCCUCCGCGAGGUUGAAUUGAAAGAAAAGCAGUUGGAUUCACUCCACCGAAGACUCGAAAGGAGAGAGAAGAAAGUUGAAGAGCUCAAGCCUCGAGUCAAGACGGAGGAGGAUCAAUCUAUCACGAACAUGGACUGUCGCGAGUUGCUGGUGUUCAUGAAUGAGCAAUUCAGAAGAAUUGAUUUGGCGGGAAGCAGGAUGUCGGCUGUUCUUCAAGCAUCUCCAGACCCUGGAAAGGUGGUUCUGGAAGGAGUGCGAGGGUUUUAUCCUUUGAAUCGGGAUGUGGAUGGAAGAGAGACUGAAAUGAGUUUGAGGUGUAUGAGAAAGAGUUGUGUUCUGUUGUUGCAGGAGUUGAAGAGAAUGACGUCGCCGCAAAUUAGUGCUCCGGUGAGAGAGGAGGCAAAGAAGUUAGCAGCUGAGUGGAAAGCGAAGAUGAAGGAGGGCAGUGAGAAUAGUUGGCAGGCCAAAGGGCUUCUGCGGCUCAUUGCUGCUUAUGGUUUGGAUGGUGUUUGUGAUGCUGAGGAGCUUCAGAGUCUUGUUGCUAUGGUGGAGCAGCCGGAACAGUCUAGUGAACUAAGAAGGACUCUUGGUUUGACAGAUGAGGCACCAGGGACCAAUGCCAAUUCUUCCAUUGUUAAGAUCGAGGGACGAGAAUCCCCUCUUGCUAGAAAUGCAGCGACUCUUUCUUCUCCGAAUCAUUCUUUGCCGAAUGACAUGUUGGUUUCUCUUAAGUCGUCAUCGGAUAAGGCAAAACUUGUGUUGAAAUUGAUAAAAAGAUCUUUAACCCAAUACUGGACAAAUGGUGAUGUUAGCUCCAAAGAAACGGUUGUAUCGAGUAACAUUUCUCUAUUGAAUUUUCUAAUGGGAGCCUCAGCUCAUGUUGGACCUCAUCUGAAAGAUGCUGCAACAAAUCUAGCAGCCCAGUGGAAAGCAAAUAUGACAGCUGAUACUGAAAACUCGUUGGAGAAUUUGGGAUUUUCGCUGUUUAUAGCUAUAUAUGGAUUGCUUUCUACUUUAAACGAAGAUGAGAUUGUAAAGCUUCUUGGAAAGAUUUCACAGCAUAAACAGUCCCUAGAAUUAUGUCAGACACAUGGUUUUGCAGAUAAGAUUGCUGGUCUUAUUGGGAAACUUAUUGAAAUGAAGCAAGUGAUUGACGCUGUUAGAUCGAUUUGUUUGUUCAAGUUGAUUGACAAGUUUCCCCCAGUACCGUUGUUAAAAGCAUAUGUACAAGAUGCAAAGGAGUGGUCCGAAUUAGUUUGCAGCUUAAAGAUAUCAGAUGCUGAAAAGGAGAAGGCUGUAAAUGGAAAAAUAGCUGAUCUUAGAGCUGUCAUUCAAUGCAUCAAAGAUUGCAACCUUGCGUCUGAAUACCCGUCCAUGACUGUUGAAAUGCAAAUAGAUCAGCUGCAAAUACUCGAGGAGAAUUGGAGACCAUCUUGUGUCUCCAAAGUUAAACAACAAGAGAGAAAAAGGAAGAGACCUAAUAUCAGGUGGUGUAUGUAUCUUGCUGAUCUAUGAAACACUGACAGUACUUGUCCUUCUAUUACAACUGUAGGUGCAUAUUAGCUGAGAAAGUCAAGCUUCCCAUUUUAAAUCAUCAAGGUAAUUUUCUGAUGCAUAAUUUAGGCCCAGAUCUUCCUUAAAGGUAAAGCAUCGUCUGCAACAAUCUAAUGUGGAUGAGAGCCAUCAGAUAAGAUAUCACUCUCUUAGUUAAUGUGUCAUUAGGGUGAGUUAUCUCACUUAUCUGAUAUGUACCUGAAGAAUGCUUAUUAUUUGAAGCUGCAAAUACUAUAUUCGCACAGGGACGGCAUUAUUCAGGUGCUAUCAGGACAGGUGCUAUCAGGAGAUUGGGUGGUUGACGGCCUGACAUGAUGGGUGAUGAUGCAGGAAAGGUGUUUGGAAGACAAGCACCCAGGAGAUGAUA